AUAAUUUUGGUUAUGUGUUGGGUGAAUUUGGCGGGAUUUGUUGUUUAAUUUGUAGCGUUAGAUAUGUUCAUUACUGAGCGAUAAAUAUAAAUUGUUACACUAACGAGUUUUUUUAACAAACGUGUAUAUAUUGCAACGAAAACAGUGUAGCAACAAAAACCAUGUCUUCAGAACCAUCACCACCACCGAUGUCUGCUAGAGAUGCCCGAUCUGCAAUGACAUCACCUGUACAAGAUUUUGAACCAUUUGAAGAUGAAGCAGAUAUACUUGGGGACAUGUCACAAGCAGAUGAUGCUAUGCAAGAAGAGGAAGAGGGCGAAGAACUUUUUGGGGACAAUAUGGAAGCUGAUUAUCGCCACAUUCCGGAGUUAGAUACAUAUGAUAUUGAUAAUUUAGAUACAGAAGAAUAUGAUGAGUUAUCUCCAACUGCACGGUUGGCUGCUGAAAGAGAACUACAACGUAGAGACAGAGAGAGAGGCAUUAUAAGAAGAGAUGAUAGAGAACUGUUUUAUGAUAAAACUGAUGAAGAAGACCCUAAGAAAAAACGCCGCUUGGCGGAAAAAGCCGCUGUAGGGGAAAUUGAAGAUGCUGAAAUGAUAGAGUCAAUUGAAAAUUUGGAGGAUACAAAAGGUUACAGCAUUAAAGAGUGGGUCACGAUGAUGGGUCCUCGUACUGAAAUAGCAAAUCGUUUUAAGAACUUUUUACGAACAUUUGCAAAUUCAAAAGGCCAGUAUGUUUAUAAAGAAAGAAUUCGGCGAAUGUGUGAGAAUAACCAGAGUAGUUUUGUGGUGGAAUUUCCUACAUUGGCAAAUCAGGAACAAGUUUUGGCCUAUUUCUUACCUGAAGCACCUUUUCAAAUGCUGGAAAUAUUUGAUGAAGUUGCAAAGGAGACUGUUUUGUCCAUAUUUCCUAGUUAUGAAAGAGUAACUAAUGAAAUUCAUGUUCGAAUAGCUGAUCUUCCUCUUAUUGAAGAGCUAAGAACUUUUAGAAAGCUACAUGUAAAUCAGCUGGUGAGGACAUUGGGUGUAGUAACGGCAACAACUGGUGUUAUGCCGCAACUGUCUAUUGUAAAGUAUGACUGUAGUAAAUGUGGUUUCAUUCUGGGUCCUUUUGUACAAUCACAAUACAAUGAAGUACAACCAGGAGCCUGUCCUGAGUGUCAGAGUACCGGACCUUUUAUGAUUAAUAUGGAACAAACCCUUUAUCGAAAUUAUCAGAGAAUAACGUUGCAAGAGUCUCCUGGUCGUAUUCCUGCUGGCAGAGUACCACGUUCAAAAGACUGUAUCCUUUUGGCAGAUCUUUGUGAUCGUUGUAAGCCAGGGGAUGAGGUAGACGUUACAGGAGUUUACACAAACAAUUAUGAUGGUUCAUUGAACACUGAAAACGGGUUUCCAGUCUUUUCUACAGUCAUAUUCGCUAAUCAUCUUGUCGUGAAGGAUUGUAAACAGAUUGUACAAAGUUUAACCGAUGAUGAUAUUAAUGUUAUCAUGAAAAUGAGCAAAGACAGGCGGAUUGUCGAUCGAAUCAUUGCUUCAAUCGCUCCUUCAAUUUAUGGGCAUGAAUAUAUUAAGAGAGGUUUGGCUAUGGCCUUAUUUGGGGGAGAAUCAAAGAAUCCUGGCCAAAAGCAUAAAGUUAGGGGGGAUAUUAAUGUUUUGGUCUGCGGCGAUCCGGGUACGGCAAAAUCGCAAUUUUUGAAAUUUGUAGAGAAAAUUGCCCCGAGGGCUGUCUUCACUACCGGGCAGGGCGCUAGUGCUGUAGGUUUAACCGCGUACGUCCGCAGGAACCCCUCAAAUAGAGAAUGGACUCUAGAAGCAGGUGCUCUCGUUUUGGCUGAUCAAGGAGUUUGUCUUAUUGACGAAUUUGAUAAAAUGAAUGAUCAAGAUCGUACCUCUAUUCAUGAAGCAAUGGAACAGCAAUCGAUUUCUAUUUCUAAAGCAGGCAUUGUGACUAGUUUGCAAGCUAGGUGUUCUGUAAUAGCAGCCGCUAAUCCCAUUGGGGGUCGAUACGACGCCAGUAUGACCUUUGCCGAAAAUGUUAACUUAUCUGAUCCCAUACUUUCUCGUUUUGAUAUAUUAUGCGUUGUUAGAGACGAGGUUGAUCCUAUUCAAGAUCAACAUUUAGCAGAGUUUGUGGUGUCAUCACAUAUUCGUCAUCAUCCGUCAAAGAAAGGCGAAGGUUUGACAUCAACAGAAGUAACAAAUGAACUGGCUAUUCCACAAGAGAUGCUUAAGAAAUAUAUAGUAUAUGCCAGAGAAAACGUCCAUCCAAAACUUCAAAAUAUAGAUCAAGACAAAGUGGCAAAAAUAUACAGUCAGUUGCGACAAGAAUCAUUAGCUACAGGAAGUUUACCUAUUACUGUAAGACACAUAGAAAGUAUUAUAAGAAUGGCUGAAGCUCAUGCCAAAAUGCAUUUACGUGAUUAUGUUCAAGAAGAUGAUGUUAAUAUGGCUGUUCGUAUGAUGCUUGAGAGUUUCAUUGAUACACAAAAAUAUAGUGUUAUGAAGUCUAUGAGACAGGUAUUUCAAAGAUAUCUUCUCUUCAAAAAGGACCAUAGUGAAUUGUUGUUCUAUAUCUUAAGGCAACUUACUCAAGAUCAGCUGGCAUUUAUGAGAGGUACAAGUAAUUGUAAUACUUCAAACAUUGAAAUUGAUGAAAAAGAUCUUCUGGAUAAGGCUAAGCAGUUGGACAUAUUUGAUUUGAAACCUUUCUACCAAAGUAAAAUAUUUGAAUCAAACAAUUUUAUUUACGAUCCCCGACGAAAAGUAAUCAUUCACACUCUUCCUGAUACUCAAAUAUCUGAAGACUAAAAUAAUGCCUUUAAUUUUAAUACUAUUUUAAUUUUUUUGUAUUCUCAAAUACCUAUUGUUACUGUACAUUUAUGAUUGUCUCAGUAAAGAAAAAUAGAAUUAAA